AUGCCAAAAAAUCCAAAUCAAUAUUCGGAAACAGAUAGGCUACUAGAAGCUCAAGGCUGGCUCGAACACGAAGUUCUCGGGAGCACUUCUGGGUCCACUAUGGGGUCGUUAUCUACGCUUCUGACCGAGUUUAAAUAUAUCUUUGUCAAUUCUCCCCUUAUUGUGAUCACUUUAUUACUUCAGUUUUCGUUAAACUUUAUUUCUAUAUACUAUGUUAAACAAUUUGGAGAGAAUAAAUUAGCUGCAGCUUCGCUAUCUAAUACAAUCUACUACGUUAGCGGAUCGGCAAUAUUUAAUGGAUUUGCUACCUCAUUGGAUACUUUGUGUAGCCAGGCUUAUGGAGCUAAAAACUAUUAUAAUGUCGGGUUAUAUUGUCAAAGGUGCUUUCUAUUAAUGUUGAUUGUAUUGGUUCCACUUACUUUCUUCCAUUUUAAUUGCGCAACUAUAUUCAUCAAGAGAUUUUUCAUCGACGACCCAGAAAUUAUUGAGAGCUGUAAUGCAUACUUGAGCAUAUUGGCUAUAGGUUCACCGGGCCUUGUAAUGUUUGAGGUUCUCAAAAGGUUUGUUCAAAGUCAAGGGAUUUUCCAUCCUCCUGCGAUUGCGUUGGUUUGUUUGUUCCCAAUCAAUCUUGCCUUGAAUAACUUUGCAGUUCCUCGAUAUGGCUAUUUGGCAGUCCCAUCAUUAGUAGCGUUAAAUUAUUGGUCUAUGGGAAUUGGCCUCUUGGUUUAUAUUGCAUUCACAAACAAUAUAAAAAACCCAAGAAAAUGCUUUCAAAGGAUUUCGGACGCUCAUGAAUUAUUCCAUAAUGUAAGAGGUAUGGUAGUUCUAUCUUGUAGUGGAAUUAUAAUGGUCGUCAGUGAAGCAAUGGCAUUUCAAAUAUUAACCUUUAUGACUUGUAAGUUAAGCAUCCACGAAAUGGCUGCACAAUCAAUUGUUUCAACUAUUGCAAAUGGAGUAUUUCAAAUGCCAUUCGGUGUUGCGAUUUGUUGUUGUACCAGGUUGGCUAAUAUUAUAGGCACCGGCAAUAUUGCGAAUUUAAACAUCUUGAAAAAGACAUAUUUUAUUAUUGCCUUUGGUUUAGGCAUCAUCAAUUUCUUGUUCUUGAUUAGUAGUGCUUCAUGGUUAGCACAAAUAUUUAAUCCUACUGAUGAUCCUACAAACGUCGUACGGGUUUUAACUACUAAAGUCUUGAUUAUUAUUGGUAUCAAUCAAUUUGCUGAUUGUUUCAAUAUUAUAUGUGCAGGGAUUCUUAGAGCACAAGGCAGACAAACGACUGGUUCUAUGUUAAGUUUUAUCUCAUUCUAUUUUAUAGCUUUACCUUUAGAAGUACUUUUAGCAUUCAAUUUGAAAAUGGGCAUUCAGGGGUUAUGGGCCGGCCUUGCAUUUGGCGUAUUUAUACUUGCAUCAUGCGAAGCUUUCUGUGUUAUUAACCUGAAUUGGUCUAAAAUUAUCAGUCAAUUCUUGGCUAGAGAAAGCAAAUCUCUGAUUACCUAA